CUCUUCUGUAUCUCUAAUCCCUCCGGAACGGAACGCAAUUUUCACUUCAGCCAUGGCCUCUCCACCACUCUCCUUCACCGUCCUAGCGGUCCUGCUGCUCGGCGCUGCCUCCGCCGAAGACAAAUUGGCUAAGAAAAUUCUGUUUAGUUACUCGGGUUCAACGGGACCUAAGCAUUGGGGGAGUUUGGAUCCUACAUACACAGCAUGCGCCGGAAAAAUGCAAUCUCCGGUGAACAUUAUGAAGAACCAAGCCGUCAACAACAAGAACCUGAAAACCUUAACCAGAAACUACAAAUCUGCCAAUGCUUCGCUUGUUAACAAUGGAUUCAAUGUUGGGAUACAUUUCGAGUCAGGACCAGGGCAGGUGUCCAUAGAUGGGAAAGCCUUCUCCUUUGUGCAGAUGCACUGGCAUUCUCCUUCAGAACACCAAAUCAAUGGAGUCCAGUAUGCAGCUGAACUUCAUUUGGUUCACCUUGCAAGUGAUAAAAGCAUUUCAGUUGUAGCAAUCCUCUACCAAUAUGGCGAUCCCGAUCCAUUUUUAACCAAGAUUAUGAAAGCUUUAGAGGAACUGGCCAAGGAGAAAUUUUCACCGGAGGAAGUAUCUGUAAUUAAACUAGGAAGUAUGGAUCUCAAGCAACUCAAGCGCAAAACCCACAGGUACUACAGAUAUAUUGGUUCUCUCACUACUCCUCCAUGCACUGAGAAUGUCACCUGGAACAUCCUCGGAAAGGUGAGAACGAUUUCUAAGGAACAACUGGCUGCUCUGCAAGCUCCAUUGAGCUCCGAGUUCAAGCACAAUGCAAGGCCUGUGCAGCCAUUGAACGGCAGGCAGAUUCAACUGUACGACGAGCUCGGCUAAGUUUUCUUCGUCAAUUAUGACAUCUAAUUGUUAUGUGAAAAUGAAAGAAUCGAGAAUGGUAGAAUAGAAUGAUGUGCUUUGUACGGAAGAUGAUAUGAGGACAUUGCCUAUAUUUGUGUGUGUUUGAAAGUUGUGUGCUGCAGUUGAAUGUUGAAUUAAUUUCAACAUUCAUUGGCCGAUAUACAUAGUUUCAAUCUCGAUCAGAUUCCCAAAGACAAAACUCCUUUUUCAGUUUCCAGCUGGGUCAAUCUUGGCAAGUGCUGUGUGUUUCGGCCAUAUAUUUUUCGGUGAAUGAAAUUUGACAUGACAUGAAAGGUGAGGUUUGAUAGGUGAGGCAGGAGACGUUUUCAAAAGAAAAAUGGGGUCUCCAGUCACCUUAAUCGUUAAUAUUCUAAGUUUCUAACUUAAUGGCAUCCACUUCAAUAGUCAACAAUGCCAACAAAUUUCUAACAGAGACUCCCCUCCUACCCCUGUUUCUGUGAUCCAACUCCACCCAAAACAAAUACUAAAAGAAUGU